UGCGGGGCGGGCCUGGCCGGGGGGAGCCGCGCCCCAGGCCGGGCUGUGUCUGCCCGCGGCGCGGCCAUGGCGCUCGUCUUCCCCGCCGUGCGCGUGCUGCUCGGCCUCUUCUUCCUGCUCACCGGGGCGGUGAAGCUGACGGACCAGAUCUCGGCCGAGCUCUACCAGCAGCUGAAGUCCCAGUUUGUGCAGUUCGCCGAUGUCUUCCCCCUGAAGGAGUUUGGCUACAAGCCGGAGCCGGGGCAGUAUCUGCAGGUGGUCGGCUGGAUCGAGGUGGUGGCCGGGGCUCUGCUGGCCUUUGGGCCCCAGCUCCUGCAGGAGAUCAGCAACUUCGUGCUCACCAUCGUCAUGAUCGGUGCCAUCUACACCCUGCUGGUGCUGAAGGAGCCGUUGGCCAUGUGUGCUCCGGCUACGAUCUGCCUGGGCCUCCUGCUGCUGCUCAACAUACGAGGAAGGGGGGGCAGGGCCAAGUCCAAGUUUGAGUGACUGGAAUGAAAUGGGGGGCGGGGGCGCUGGAUUGGCAGGAAAUGAUUUCCCCCCCCCCACCCCAAAGCGUUGCAAUGACAUGGCUUCCUGCCAAUGAACUUGCCGCUUACGCGCAGAACAAACUCUCAAAUCCUGGGGAGGGACCAGCAGGCCCUGCUGGCAGAACUGGGGCCCGGUGCUGACUAAUCCGGGGACCUGCUGCAGUUGUGUGCAGAGCGCGGGGAGCAGCUGCCGGCCUGGAAGCUUUGCACAGGGGCUGGGAAGUUUCUCUUUCUGCCCUGGAUUUGAAGGCGGCCCGUCCUGACCUGCCAGGUGGGAAAGGGUAAUUGUGUUGUGCUGGGACCUCAUGGGGGCGUGGGGGAGCUCUGGAGUGUGUCUCAAAUGGGUAACAGCUGUGUGAGUUCCCACAAUGGGUCACCCUCCAGUGUGACCUGGGGUGAGUCGGGGUGUGUGUGUGUCAAGCUCCCAUGGUCUAGCAAGCCCUUCACCGCUCUGCCAGCCAGUGCUGGGGGGACAGUCCCCCUAGGAACUGAGCUGAGCCCCAGAAAACUCAUCUCAUGUCCAGACAGUUUCUGGCUGGAUUUGAACCACUGACAUCCCAUCACUGAUCCCCAUCCAGGCCCUGUGGGAAUCUUUGCGGCUCCCAUUCCUUGGGAGCUGCAGACAGCUUGGGUUUUCAGUGGAAACAGCUGAGGUGAACACAACCUUUGUCUCCUGGGGGCCCCCCCUUCUCCGCUGGCCAGGGAGCGUGGUGUGUAAGGACUCCGUGCAGCAGGAAUGAAGGAGGAACCUUCCAACUCUGCAACGUCUUUGCUGCUCAGAGCCAGUGGAGAUGCAGCUUGGUCCUCCGAGGCGGUGCCAGAAGGCUGCGGCUCUUGCAUCGGGUUCUCCAGGGUGGAUGUUGUGAGGUCUCUCCAC